ACCAACUCUGUCACUCAUCUCAUAUUAUACUUCUCUCACUCUCUCAAAUCUCAAUCUCAUUUCACACGCAUCUUCCUCUCUUUCUCCCUCAUCAACUUGCCUUCAUUUUUAAAUAAACCUUUUCAUUCUCCCACACCAGACACUUCCACAGCUUUUUCAUUCACCACAUUAAACUAAACUUCACUGUUCUCAUCUUUCAUUACACACGCACGCACCUUUCUUUUCAUUUUCAUUAUAUAAACUUGCAUAGUUGCAUUUACAACACAAAAUUCAGAAACAUUGUAAUAGUAAACACAAAAAUGCAUAGUAGAGAGAAAUCUUUGUUCCCACAGAGAAGAAGAACACCUUCUUUUUCAUCCAUUCUUCUUGACACCAUUGACCAUUCCAUCGACGAAGUCGAAAACCAACAACAGCCAUGUCUCUACAAAAACGGCAUUGAAAAACAAAGGAUGAAUCUUCGUCAAGCUGUGAUGAUUGAAGAUUGGAUGGAGAAGAACUACACUUCAACAAGCUCUUCAGAAUGUAGCUCAGGAGGAAUCUUUUCAUCCUCAGAAACAGAUUCAUCUUACAACAAACAAAGAUCGAAACAUCAGAAACACAUGAACCUGAUUCAUCAUAUCAACUCAGAGAAGCAACAACAGCAACAAAACAAGAAGAACAAGAAGGAGAAGAAGAUGAAGCAACAAGGUUGGGAAGAUGGUUUUACGAGAACGAAACUGAGAGCUUUGAAAAUCUAUGGUGAGUUGAAUCAGAAAGUGAAGCAACCCAUUUCACCUGGGAGUAAAAUAGCUACGUUUCUUAGCUCGAUUUUCAGUUCUCAUAAUGUGAAGAAAGCGAAAAUGUGUUACGUUGGUGCUGUUGAAGAUGUUAGUUUUGAUCAAAAAUCGAAGUCGCCUUGUUUUUCUUCUUCGGUUUCUUCGUUUUCUAGAAGGUCCUGCAUGAGCAAAACGCAUUCGAAGUCGAACAAUGGUGUUAAAAGAACCGUUAGAUUCUACCCUGUUAGCGUAAUCCUAGGUGAGGAUUCUGAACAACAACAACAACAACCUAGUACUACUGUUCGGAAGAGUACGAGAAAUUCUGUUAAGGAAGUGAAGAAAAUUGACAAUGUUGUUGUCAGGGGUAAAGAAAAAGGAGGUGAUAAGAGUGGAUUUGAUUUUAGAAGAUUUUGCGAUAAUGGUGAAGACGAUGACGAAGACGAGGAUGAUAAUGAUGCUGUGAGUUACUCGAGUUCGGAUUUGUUUGAACUUGAUCAUCUUAUUGGAGAUGGAAGGUUUCAGGAAGAGCUUCCGGUUUAUGAAACUACCAAUUUAGAAACCAAUAAGGCCAUUGCUAAUGGUUUGUGUUUGUAGUUUUGUUAGAAUAAAUCAAUUGUAAUUAUUUUCAUUUAGUUUUGGGGAUUCAAUUCAUUGUUCUCUUCUUCUACGAGAUUUAUUUAUCUCAUUGUUUUAAAUUGCGGUUACAGUCACAAAUUUAGUUACAGGUGUUGUGAAUGUGAUUAUUGCAGUUGUUGCCUUGUGCAUUACAGGAGUUGUGGUUUGAUUUUGAUUGAGAAGAUUUUGAAAUACAAAUUAAAACACAUUAAAUGUUAAAGAUUUUUGAGAAAUAAAUUGAAUUUUGAUUUCUAAAUAUCGAGUUUAGACAAAAAAAAC